UCCAGAUCGAGAAGCGGUUCUGCGGAAGGCUUUAAAAGCAGAGUGGAAACCGCCCAUCGCCGGCAGUCUUGGCAGAGAGAUAAGGCGGAGAACCCACAGCAUCGUUUACCUCCUUUUGCCGGGAUUAAGAGCGGGUUUGAGAAUGUCUCAAGGGAAGAAAAAGAGGAAGGGCUUCCGACAGAGAUCACCUCCUGUCCUUGAAUACUUGCAGGGUAUCCUUCGCAAAUACCCAGAUGGGGGUCAGAUCUUAAAGGAACUGAUCCAAAACGCUGAUGAUGCAGGUGCUGAGGAAGUGAUCUUAUUCUACGAUGACCGGAGUUUUGGAACGCAGCGCCUUUUUUCCGAGGGGCUGGAGAGCACCCAAGGCCCUGCACUUCUGGCUUAUAACAAUGGCAUAUUUUCGGAGGCUGAUUGGAAGGGGAUUGAAAGUCCAGGCAUCAGUCACAAGAAGAAAGACCCCACGACAGUUGGACGCUUUGGUUUGGGCUUCAAUUCAGUCUACCACAUGACAGAUUUUCCAUCUAUAUUGUCUGGUGAGUAUCUGCUUGUACUGGACACUCAAGCCACAGCAUUGGAAGAUGGUGGUGAACGCUGGGAAGUGGACGAAUGGGAAGAUGCACCUGACCAGUUCCAGCCAUUUUGGGAUUCACUGGCCUCGCUUGGCAAGCCUUGCCCAACUGCUGAGGGCUACUUCCCGGGCACCCUGUUCCGCUUUCCAUUGCGACAGAGUCCCUCAAAGAUCUCAGAAAAUUUGUAUAGUACAGAACGAGUGCGGGAGCUGCUUCUCGCUUUUUUGAACGACGCUCCCAUUAGCUUGCUUUUCCUCAGAAAUGUCCGCAAAGUGACAUUGGGUCUCAUUGGGUCUGAUGGCACCAUCACUGAGCUCCUGAGAGCAGAGACGACCACAAAUCCACUCAAUGGACCAGGCCGUGUUGAAGAUGCCACCAGUGCCAAAUUGGACACAACUGCCCACAUCAAAAAGCUUGCUUUAGAUGGCACUACUGUUGACAAACAAGCCACCAGCAAUGAGUGGCUAGUGUUGACAGCUGAAGCUAAAAGGGAUGCUUACCCAGAGCUGUGGGUUCUCGCUGAAAAUGUGAGUUCUAGUCCGACAUUGUCUUUGGCUUACUGUUUGCAAGGGAAGUGCGCGGGGCGCCUCAGUUGCGUUCUACCACUUCCCGCCACAGAAGAAAACCUAACAGGCUUGCCGGCACACAUCAGUGGCCCUUUCCAAUUGACAGACGACCGCAGGCAUGUGCAGUGGUCUGAAGAGGGGUCCCAAGCACGUGGGGCCGAUGGCCGUUGGAACCACUUGCUUAUGGAGGAGAUGUUGCCUGCCUCUUAUUGCCAAAUGGCAUUGCAGGCUGCGGGUCAUUCCAGCGACCCCUAUGGAGCUUGGCCAGACCCAGGCCAAAGCCAGCAACUCCGCUACAAGCCUUUGAUAGCUGAGAUCUGCCGGAAGUUGAUGGACGUGAAACUGUUGGUGCGGGUUGGUGGUGGAAUCCCUCGCCUUCUCCAUCCCCGGGAGGCCGUCCUCUUGCCAGAGAACGUGAAAGAGACACCAAUGGGUUUGGCAGUGGAGAAGGCCCUCACUUUGGCAGGGACAUUGCUAGCUGAGGCCCCUCUCCAUGUCCGACGAGCCUUGGCCUUGGGUGCCGGAAAUGGGCCAACAGUGCAGGAGGCCACCACCAAGUUUAUGAGAGAGACCCUGCGGAGAGCAACCAACAUCUGGAGUCAGCUCUCCCUGUUGGAGAAAGAGCUGCUGUUGGAAUAUGUGGUUGGAGAUGAGUGCUAUCAAGAACUGAAUGGUCUACCACUGCUACCAAUGGCUAAUGGGCACUUCACUUGCUUUGGAGCAUCUGGAGAGACUGUAUUUGUUGAGAACCAGAGUUUCCCCAGGGUCCUGUUGCCUGGCUUGGCUCAUCGGUUUCUCCCCCAGAAUCUAAAUCCAGGAUUGCUGGAACAUUUAAAGGCAAUCGCAAAAAAUGGAAUUUUCCGGAACCUGCUGUCCUUGAAUCAAAACAUCAUUGAGCAGAACCUCCAUGAAUCUCUUCCCAAACAUUGGUUCAGCAGCUCAUCGUCUCCUGUGUCUUGGUGCCCAAAGGAGUACUCACAACCCCCUCUUGAGUGGCUUACUGCUUUCUGGAGCUUCCUGAGUCGCCAUACACCCUCCCUGGCACCCUUCAGGGAAUGCCCAUUGAUACCAUUGACUCCUCUGCAUGCUUCCGACAAUGUCGUCAAGCUGGCACGGCUUUUGCCUCAGUCCACCCUUCUGUUCCAGAGCCACAAUGGGCAUAGCUUGCCAAAUGAAGUGUCUGGGAUUUUGGAGGUGCUGGGAUGUACCGUGAUCAAGACCUGGAAACCGGACUGGUGCCACCACCAGCUGAGAGAAUAUAUCCUAGAACCCACACCAAGUAGUGUCCUGAAGGUUUUUGCCCAUCUGGGGGUGGCAUCUGUGACUAGCCGCUUGGCAUUCCUUCCUGAAUGGCAGAUUCAGAGCCUGAGUGCUUUUCUUUCAACAGCUGCAUCCCUCUCCCAAAAAGAAAUUGAAGUUCUAAAGGAACUGCCCCUAUUCUUCAAGAUGCCUUCCCUCCUUCCACCUUCCUCACCUGGCUUGGUGCCAGCCCGAGGCUACUUGGCAUUAGAAAAACACUUGGUUCCAUCAGUGCCCACAGAUCUGUUGACACCAGCGCCUGUGCUAUUAUGUCGUAGUGAAGCUGAACGCCGGCUGAUCAUCCAAAUCCAGGGAAGCCUCCUUGAUACUCCAGAUCUGUGCCUGUUAUGUGUCAAAGCUAUGGGGAAGGGGGCAUAUGCCAGUUGGGCACAGGAUGCCAAGAGAUUCAUGCUAUGGGUGCUGCACAAUGGGGACUCUCUCUUCAGCCAGAGUCGAGAGCUACAGGCUUUGUGCCGUGACCUUCCCUUUGUGGAUUGCGAGUCGGGGGGAUUGAGUCGACCCACUGAUCUCUAUGAUCCCCAGAACCACACUUUGCGGGCCUUAUUAAGAUCUUCCAAGUUCCCUGCAGGGCCUUUUCUGGAGCCAGCAGUAUUACGAAUACUUCGCAACCUGGGACUGAAAUCUGACCUGAGCUCCAUAUCUCCGGCUGAUGCAUUAUUGGCUGCAAAGGAAGUGAGUCAGCUCCAGGAGGAAGUUGUUGCUGAUGCCAAAUCGCAGGCACUCAUCCAAGUGUGCAAUGAGACCCCUCUACUGUCAAAAUUGUCUUGCCAGGAACUGAAAGAGCUGCGUUCUCUGCUUUGGGUUCCUGCCACUAAUUCCUCCAAACUUGUGGCAGCUGGACACUUUUGGGCACCUGAAUCACUCUGCUCAGAGCAAUAUGCACCUCUUGUGGGGCUGGUCAUGGGGCUGACAAAUGCUUUUUGCCCACAAGCUGCAUCAAAAUUGGGUCUGGAUCACCCACCUGCAUCAGAGAAGGUGAUGGAGAAUCUUGUUUGCCUUACACAAGCCUACUGUCCCACCAAUACCCGAGAAUUAACGACAACGUUGCAUAGCAUCUAUCGACACAUGCAGCAGCACCUGAGUGAUUUCAAGACACCACCUACAGUCCCUUCAGUGUGGAAUGGCAGGGGCUUUUCAUUGCCUGAGGAAGCAGUGCUGUCCUACCCAAAUGGCUUGGACCUCAAGGACUUGAUACCACAAGUGCCCUCAGAAUUCCAGCAGAACAGCCGGCUCUUUGUGGCAUGGGGUGUCCGUCAGUCUCCCACACCUGAAGAUGUAUGCCAAGCUCUUCACAACUUGGCAGAUCAGAUAAAUGCCCAGCCACAAGGUGGCACACAAGCAGAACUGCUCCUUGUGACCGCUGCAUUAGAUUGGCUCUGUGCUCAGGAUCACCGCGGAGAGGGAGAAAUGCCUGUCCCUGUGCGGAUUCCAGGAUUGGCUGGUUUUGCUCUUCGCCCUAUAAGCUCAGUGCUGUACUGUGAUAUGGAUAGGGCCAGGCUUGUCGAACUUGAUGGAGACCCACCUCUUUUGGUACAUGAGCUGGUUUCCUCUGCCACAGCUGCUUUUCUGGGCAUAGAGAUGCUGAGUAAACGGUUGUCAGGCUUAGAGCUUUUUGAAGCCUGGGGCCCUUCAGAGCCAGUCACCCUCCGGAUCCGUAACAUCCUUCGCGAGUACAGCCAAGAUGCUGAUGUUUUCCAGGAGCUCCUGCAGAACGCGGAGGAUGCUAGUGCCCAGACCUGCCGCUUCUUAGUGGAUCUCCGUCAGCAUAAUGGCACCACAGAAGGACUCCUGGACCCUGGUAUGGCUGCCUGCCAGGGCCCAGCACUUUGGGCCCAGAAUGAUGCGCUGUUCAGCAAGGCAGAUUUUACCAACAUCGUCCAGCUAGGUGCUGCCACUAAGGAACGCCAGGAUGAUAAGAUCGGCUGCUUUGGGCUGGGAUUCUGCACAGUCUACCACAUCACAGACAUUCCCUCUCUACUCAGCGGCCAUACCAUGCUCAUCUUUGACCCUAAUGUCACCCACCUCCAGAAGCAUAUCCACAGCCCUGCUAAUCCAGGCAUCCGGUUGACUUUGACCCCACAUGUCGCUACAAUGUUCCCUGAACAAUUUCGACCCUUUGGAGGCAUUUUUGGCUGCCGACCUGGGGAGGAUUACUCGGGCACGCUCCUCCGCCUGCCCUUCCGCACUGAGCAGGAGGCAAAAGAUUCUCAGAUCUGCCCUGAGCCUUUUGGACCCAGCCGAAUCAGAGCACUGCAAGCUGGCUUCCGGGAAAUGUACCAGCACCUAUUGAUCUUCCUGCGGAAGGUGCAGGAGGUGUCGCUAACCCACCUCCCCAGUGGUUCCAGUUCUCCAGAAAAUGCCCAGCCUUUAGCCACAGUGAAGAGGGAAAAGCUUGAUGGGAUGGGAAACCUCAAUAUUGUGCGAUUGACAGCAACCUGGGAAUCAGAAGGUGUUACCAGCUAUUACCUGCUGCACUCGUGCUCAGCUAAAGCCGGAGCCCAGGAGCUUUUUGAACAGGGAAGAAAAGAGGGGCUCCAUUUUUCACCUCCAAUUGCUGCUGUGGCCUUGCCUCUCUGCCCUGCCACUGCUGGUGGACGAUGGGUCCCAGGUGUACAUGGGUUUCAGGGCCGAGCCUUCUGCUUUCUCCCUCUUCCUAUUGAAAGUGGGCUCCCGCUGCACCUCACAGCAGCCUUUGCUGUACUUAGCAAUCGCAAAGGACUUUGGGAUGCCACAGAGAAGGGCAAGUGGAACAGGGCACUCUUGAGGGAUUCUGUGCUGGGGGCCUGGCUUGGAGCAUUGUCUCAACUUCGGGACUUGUACAAAGAAGGAUUAUUGGAGGAUUACAAGUACUACACUUUCUGGCCUGAUGUCCGCAGUGCCAAGCAUCCUUUCAGUGAAGCAGCCAAGGCCUUCUACCAAGCAUUAAUUAAUGGUAUUGAUGGGGAGCAGCCAGUUCUGUUUUCUGAUGGAAAGAAGUGGUGCCCAGCCCGGCAUGCCUGUAUUCUGGCUGCCGACGUUAUUUGUGAGAAGCAAUUGAGUCCUAUAGCUGCCAGGAUCUUCCCUUUACUCUUGCCAGAACCUCAGAUUGCAGUGUCUCUUCCAAGUUGGGUGGAGACAAAUUUUGAAGCAUGUACCCAAGCAGAUGUCCUCUUGCCAAACACUUACACCUGGGCACGAUUCCUCCGGGAGCUUGUUUUGCCCAAUCUUGCUCAGCUAGAGGCACCUGAUCGUGAUGCCCUGAUUCUUCGUGCUCUGGAUAUGAAUGAUGCCACUGUGGAUAAGAUUCUGACCUCCCUGUCUUGCAUUCCCACCACUCCCAAGGCACUGCUGAAAAAUAUUAAGGGACUUGUUCACCCAGGGGGCCCCGUGGCACCUCUUUACACCCCUGAAGAUGGCCGUUUCCCCAUGGGUGAACAGUUUGUGCAGCCACAGAGACUGUUGCGCUUGGAACAUCUUGGUAUGAUCAAAGAUAGGGUGGCUAUCGAAGAACUAAUAGACAGAGCCAAAACUGUGGCUGCUUUGUGGCAUCAUGACCAAGAAGAGGCCUGCAAGCGAAUCCGUUGUAUCCUGAACCUCCUUAAUAAACAUGUCCAGGAAAGCUUCAACAAUACAACCCAGGCUGUUUUUAGAGAAAUCCCUUUUUUGCCAGCAGUAUGUCCUGGUAAUGUCAAGAAACUCUGCUGUCCCAGAGAAAUUUACCACCACAAGCUACAAGCAGUGGUGGGCUUGACUAAGCCAGUCCUAGACAAGGAGGCUCUUGGUAAAGGUUUUAAGAUCUCAAAUGAACUGAAGGAAUUCCUAGGAUUGAAUCGCCAGCCUCCAGUGGCUACAGUGCUAAAACAAUUGGAAGCUGUUUCACAUUGCUCUAAUGCCAUGAACAGGACCAUGCUAAGCACGACAGCAAUGAAAUGCUAUGCAUUUCUGGAUAAAAUGGUCCAGGAAAACCCUUCAUGCAGGAUGGAGGUAUCCCAGAAGGCACUAACCUUCCCCUUUGUUCUGGUGGGCACCCAUUUUGUGUCUGUGUACAAGGUGGCCUGCAACCUACCUUUUGAUGGUGCUCCAUACCUCUUCCAUCUGCCUGAGGAGUAUAAACAGCAUAAGCAGCUGUGGAAGUGUGUGGGACUGCAAGAUGCUUUUCGAGUAGAAGACUAUGCCACUGUUUUGCAAGACUUGGCCAAGAGUGCAGAUGGACAGCCCCUUCCCAAAGGGCAUCUGGAUCUUGUGAUUCGGCUGAUCACCAUAGGGUUAAUGGAAGCCUUGCCAGAGGGUCAAGAGCUGGACUCUUAUCGGGCCCAGGGCGUCUUUUUCCCAGACCAAGGCAAAGUCCUACAUCCACUAACCAAGCUGCUCUUUGAUGACACGCCAUGGCUGCCAUGUGAGAAUGGGAUGCUUCUCUGCCAUACCAUGAUUCCACGAGAAAUUGCUACACGGUGUGGCAUCCCCACCACAAAGCGUAGCAUUUUAUCACGCCGGCGGAUCGAGGGUCUCUCUCCCUGGGCCACAGAUUUUGGAGCCAAGGAAGAUCUCUGCACCCGGUUGUCCAACAUCCUCCAGGACUACUCCUCCUCCCAGGAUGUGCUGAAGGAGUUGCUGCAGAAUGCAGAUGAUGCUGGUGCAAGUGUUGUCCACUUCGUUUGGGACCAGCGUCAGCACCCGACAGAGCGCUCUUUUAGUGAUGAAUGGCAUGUUCUUCAAGGCCCAGCACUUUGCAUCUAUAACAACCGCACCUUUGAGAUGAGCGACUUGGAAGGGAUCCAGCGCUUAGGCUCUGGAGGGAAAGGCAGAAGGCGGGAUGCUACGGGCAAAUAUGGGCUGGGCUUCAAUACAGUUUUCCACUUGACAGAUUGCCCUGCUUUUAUAACAGGUGACAGUGCUCUCUGUGUUUUCGACCCUACAUUGCGCUACCUCCCUGAUUCAGAUGACAUCUCUCCUGGUGGAAAGUACAGCCUCACUAAAGAUUUCAAAGAUGCCUUUUUGGAUAUUUAUAAUGCCUUUUUGCCUGAUGUGUUUGACCUGCAACGUGGCACGGUUUUCCGAUUACCCCUGCGUACUCUUGCAAAUGCAGUCACUUCCCCUAUUUGGAAGACCCCUGUGUCUGAAGAAGACAUGGAAAACAUGAUGGAGGCUCUUAAAAAAGAAGCAGACUGCCUUGUGAUGUUCCUGAAUCAUGUUCGCUCUAUUGUUUUCUCUGUGAUAAGCAAAAAAGGAGGAACACCAAAGGAAGUGCUGCGGGUAAAGACAGAAGGUGGUGAGCCUGAAAGGUUGGAGUACCAAGAACAUCUCAAGCAGGCAGCUGCAGCAGGGAGCAUGGAUGAGGGCAGACCCCAAAGAGUCUUCUACAAAAUGAAGGUGGAAAGUAGUUUCUCCAAUGCUCCCAGCAACUGGCUGGUUGGUAGACAGAUUGGUGUAGAGACCACAGACAUUGUAGAGAGCAAAUUGCUGCCACAUGGUGGUGUGGCUGCCUGUCUUAAUGGACAACCACCUGGCAGGGCCUUCUGCACACUUCCUCUACCAGUGACUACAGGCCUCCCAAUCCACAUCAAUGGGAACUUUGCAGUGGACUCAUCUCGGCGUGACUUGAGGAAAGAUGACGGCCAAGGCAAUGCCAGCACAGCAUGGAAUCGCUUGUUGCUGCGGUCCCUAGUGGCUCCUUUGUAUUGCCAGCUGCUUGAGGAGCUGCGCCAGGCACUGGGGAGCACACCUUUAAAGUUUCACUCUCUAACUUCAUGUAGAGAAGGGCUGGAUUCCAAAUAUUUGUGGUAUUUUCCACGUGUGACAGAGGAUGUCUCCCCACCUUGGCAGGAGUUGGUGACUCGUGUUUAUGAACUGGCAUAUGAGGAGCAUCUUCCAUUGGUACCGGUGUACCAGAAACAGAUUAAUUAUGUGCAUAACGUUAAAACAGAAGUAGUAAGUGUGGACUGGAGGACACCCAAACUGGGCCAUCCAAUUAGAGACCCCUAUUUCUUAACUGAUGAUUGGCUUGAGAAGACUGAUGAUUGGCUUGAGAAGACUCUCCAGAAUCUAGGCAUGCAGUUAGUUCCUGCUUUUGUGCAUCUGCAGGGGAUCCAUUAUGAAUUUUGCAAGGCCAAAGUGGAUGUCCUAACCCUUGAUCCCCCUUCUGUCUGCCACUUCCUUAAGAAUCUACCUAAUCUCUCUCUGCCAUGCCCCAUUAAAGAAACGCCCAUGAAGACAACUUUCAAUUGCUGUGCUCUCCUGGAUUUCUGCCUUAGCGAGCUUUCUCUUGAGGAUAUCAGCUGCGUGGAAGGUCUCCCUUUACUGGUGACAAAGGACAAUAUGCUGAGGUGCUUUAGUCAAGAGGAGCCUGUGUACCAGAGUAGAUUUUCCGAUCUUUUCCCAUAUCACCAAGAUCGUUUCUUUGCUCACUUCAUUACAGAGGCACAGCAGUUAAUAAAGAUGGAAUUCAUGAAGAAUUUUACUCUCUCUGAAUCAGUGGAUUACAUUCAGGAGAUGCUGGCACUGGAUGACUGGGCCGAUGAUACUCAGCGCAACAAUUGGCUAUGUGAGAUGUGGAAUUUCUUUGAGACAGAGAUCUAUAAGUCUGAGGAUGAGAUGAACCAGGCAUUUGCAAAGCUAAUUUACCUCUUUAAAGGCUGUGCUGUGCUCCCAGUGUGUGGCUGUAGUAGGCGCCUCGUUCCUCUUGAUGGCCUUGACACCAUUGUGAGGGAUGAUUCAAGUGAAGUUUCUGAAAUCCUUUACAAGCUGGGUUUUACCACGCUAGACUCCUCCUUGCUGCCUCCAAAACUCACCAUAACCUGCAUCUGGCCACGUCUGUUGAAGACGAAGAGUCCUGCUGUUGUGCUGACACAACUGUCUGCCCAUAGUAGCCUCUGUUGGGAUAAGCUCAAAUCAUGGGACUUUUAUACACUCUGGAAGUUUCUGAUCGACAAUCUGAAGGAGAUAGAAGGAGACCAUAAGUUGCUUGGCAAGUUGAAAGCUUUGCCUGUGUUUCAAACUCAUCAAGGAAAGUAUGUUUCACUGGCUUUAUACGACAAUGUGUAUCGCCUGGAGUCAAAGAUUUCAAAGGAGUCUAAAACCUUCAAGGAGCUUUAUGAAGUGGAUAGGAAGAUUCUUUUCCUCUGUGACAAUCUGUUCAACCGCUCUCUCUGUAAGCUCUUGGGUAUUGGUGUCAUGAAUGACUUGCAGCAAUUUGUUCAACAACUUCUGCCUCAGUUGCCCUGUCUUCCUGAAGCCCGUGUACUACAGGCAGUGAAGUUACUUCUCAUAAUCAAGAAGCAUUAUUAUCCAGAGUAUGAGGCUAAGAAAGCAGUCAUCGUGUCAAAGUUUCAGUCUAUUGCCUUCAUCCGGGACAUGGAGAAUGAGCUGCGUCCUGCAUCCUACUUCUAUGAUGAAGAUGAGGUACUUUUCAAGGAGCUGGGGUUGAGCUCUCGGUUUGUACCAGGGAAAUUCUAUGACUCUGUGGGGCUACACAAAUAUGAGGUGAAACCAUUCUUACAUGAUGUGGGCUUGCAGAAGGUGAUCACUGAAGAGGACUUUCUUGAGUGUGCUGCCAAAGUUGAAAGAGAAGCACAGAGGUAUGGUGCCAAAUCCAAUAACCUUCCCCAAAUAAGAGAAGCACUUUGGGAACACCUGCUUUCCAGGUCAAAUGAAACUCUGUCAGAUGCCUUCCUGGAUAAAGUAUCAAAGAUCCGUUUCCUAGCAUCACGGUCCAUCCCUAAGAAACUAUGUUGCCUUCACCCACCAUAUGUUUCUUGCAAUGCCCCUGUAGCACCCCAAGGUUCUCUCUACCCUUCAUGCAGGGUAGAAUUGUUUUGGACUUCAGCGGUUGCUUUGCCUUAUGCUGAUUAUAUUAGAAAAGAUACUCUGAAACGACUUGGGGUGUUGUGUACCCUGCCUGCCCAAUUGGUCUUAGAAAAUCUGAGCAAUGUAUGCCAGGCAUCCUGUAUCACUCCUAAAACCAGAGCAACUCGUGCAGAGGUCCUAAAGGAGAUGUAUCGAUUCUUGUCUGAAGAGAAAGAAAUAGAUGCUGACUGCCUAAAGGGACUCCCUGUAGUACUGGUGGAUAAUGAAGAAAUAGCUGAGGCCCAAAAUGUGGUGGUCUCAUUAAAAUAUCCCGAUGACUUCAGGCCUUACCUCUACAAACUACCUACAAAGCUAGGGAGCUAUGUCGAUCUACUUGAGAAAUUUGGUGUUCAGACUGACCCAAGCAUCUAUCAUUAUGCUAAUGUUUUGGCCCAAAUUCAUGAGGAGACGGCAGAACGAAAACAGCUUCAGCCCAAUCUUACUAAAACCAUACUGAGAGCCACUGAGCUCCUCUUCCAGCUCUUAGAUGAAACAAAGAAGCCAGUGAAUUUCACAGAGCUAAAAGAACUGUAUCUGCCUUGUAUUGAUGGGAAGCUGUACCCAUCAAAUAGCCUCAUCUUUAGUUGGUGCAUGUCUAACCAAGAAUCUGAAGCACUGCAGAAGAACUUUCAUAUUCUGGAGGAUCUUUCCCUUUAUGACAAAUGUAAGCAAUGGAGACUCCUGCGCUUGCUGCCUGAGGCAUUGCGCCCCAAGAACUUAUCUGACAUCACUCAAGAGCAGCUGGAAGAGUCCUCUUUGAAACUGUGCCACUAUGGGGAACACUGUGAGUCCCGCAAUUCCCUGAAAGAACUUCUCAUUUCUCAUGAGUUCCAGUGGGCCUUUGUUGCACUGCUGAAAUGGCAAGACCCAGAGACCCCAGUAGAAACAGAGGAGAUACAGUGUGUAUGGGAUAAAUGCUUCUCACCAGAGCAACUAGAAGUAGUUUGUUAUGAAAAGGUGUGCACCAUCAGGGUGCACAACUCCCAGCCUCUGGAGGGAACCCAGCGUGCCAAAGUGGCACAUGCUGUGAUGCUACCAAAUGAUAGGUGUCAAGUUUAUAUUGAGCACCAGGAGAGACUGGAGCGACCUAAGAUUGUACAUUUUGCUGACAUCCUAGCCAAAGAAGUGAAUAGGCUGCUGGGAGAAAGACUCCAAAGUAAUGCUGUGAUGACAGUCCUCAUGAAGAUUUUGGUUUGCCAAGAGCCACAGGAGAUUGCGGAAGUGCUGAAGGACAACCAAGUGCCUCUGCAUCAUCCUCCCCACCAAUCCGCUUGGAACCUGCCACCUGCCGGAGAGGAAAUCCCUGAGGAAUGGUAUGACAGCUUGGAAAUGAACAUCAUCCAUACCUUUGUACCAGGAGAUUACGUGGGUUAUCUGGACUCUUCCCAGCUGAAAGAACGUUAUCUUUAUGUCGUGGUCCUUGAAGCCCUUGGGCUGCAGCAGAGUGGUGGUGGCCACAUCCCCAUGUACCGUGUUGACCUGGGAGGAGGGAGGAAAGCUACUGUCAGUACCUAUGACAUUUAUCAUUUCCGAAGGAAUAAGCAAGUCAAUGAUCUGAAUAAAUCUUUGGUCCUUGCAGAAAAUUGCCCCAGUGCUGGCAGCACUGCAAGCCCAGAUGCAGAUCGUUUUUGGUACCAACGUCCACUGAGUGAGGUGAAGAAAGAAGUGGAUGCCCAUCUAGCUGAAAUUUGGUGUCUGUCGGUGGAAGAGAAGAAGAAGGCUGUCAGAAGGCUCUAUCUUUGCUAUCACCCAGACAAAAAUGUAGGUCAGGAGGAGUUAGCCAAUGAAAUCUUCAAAUACCUCAAGGAAAGGAUCCAGGAAAUGGAGAACAAGUAUAAGCCCAGUGGUAGUAAUUCCAAUAAGAAAAACUUCUGGAACUUCUCUCAGUGUUGGUCUGAAUGGAAUGAGCAAGCUCAUAGGCAUCAUCAUAGCCGUCAGGAGUUCACCAAGCAGAGAUGGGGCAAAGGAGGAGGAAGAAGAGGAGGAGGAGGAGGAGGAGGAGGAGGAGGAGGACAUUACAACUAUAACUUCUGGUCAUUCCAUCAGAGUCAAUCAAGAUAUCAAUCAAGACGCCUCUGUGGGGAAGAAGCCAAGCGCUGGCUUCGGCAAGCAGAGUGUGAUCUGAAGGCAGCGGCUGGAGUUGCUGGGAAUGGCAGUACUGAAUGGCUGCUAUACAUGACAUACCGGGCAAUGGAGAAAGCCCUGACAGCAGUUGUGUACAGCGAGGGAGGACACUUUGACAAGAGCCAGUCUCUUGCCAUGCUGGCUAAUAAGGUGGCAUCCUGCGGUGAUGAGUUGGAAGAGCUCCCUGACCAGAUCGAUGAGCUCCGGGAUCAUGGUGUGGAUGACAAGACAACCCAGUAUCCCAGCUAUCAUGAUUUGCCCACCAUUCCCAAUGAGGCCUUCCAGGCGUGCAAAGAGAAGGAUGUGUUGCUCUUGGCUCACAAAAUCCUCAACACCGUGAAGAAGUGGCUUGGCCAGUAAUGAGACAUGAGGAUCCUUGCUUUAAAAGACUCAGGCUGAGAGUGGCAGGUUAAUGUAGCAGUAUUUGUCACAAAAACCCAAGGACAAAACUUUUCUAACCUGGAAUUAUAUUUAACUCCUUGUUCUUUCUGGACUAUUGAGGAUUUGACAUUCCCCCUCAAAGCUUUUCUUUUUGAAUAGUUAAAUAGGGUCUUGUUGGAGCAUGCUUUUCCUAAGAUGGGAAAGCAUAUGCAGCCACUGAACCUCUCGAAAACUCUUGAUUUGUGCUAAUUUUAGCACUUUGAGGAAAUACAUAUUAGAACAAGAUGCUGGCUAUGGAGGGCGCAGUCAGUCAGUAAAAGUGGGACUAGAUCAUUCCCGAGAACAGGCAUGGAGUCUGUACUCCAUGUAAACAAUGAGGCUAGUUACACUUUUCUGAAGUUGAAGCCACAGGCUACAAAGGGAAAUGAGCACUAUACUAAACUGAGACAGUGACUCCCUGAAGAUAAUUACACUUCUGUCUUAUUUUGUAUUCAUUUUGUCCAUAAUUUUUUCAGGUUGUUGGUCCUCAACCCCACAUUUUGCAGCUGAUAUAUUUAACCAGAUCAUCAUAACAUUGCCUCUUAGUCUUUGAUCCAAAUAUGGAUUCUGUUCCCUGUGUCUGAACUGUACUUGUUCACUCUACUUACCCUGCAUAAGAGUUUGAUCUUCCUUUUGUAUGUGUAAUAAAUACCAAAAGACCUAUCUUUCCACAA